CGCCAGGGGGCGACGUGAGUUCAUUCACCUCGGUUGCCUCGCGCUUCAAUGUCGACCGAGCAGAGUGGGAGAGAGACGACGACAGAAAAGUAAACUUAUCGCAGACACCUGCAACAUGAAGAAAGUGUUCACUGCGGAGCAGAUUUCGGACUGGUUCACCUCGGGGCCCACGUUUGCCAACAUUAAACUAACAGACGAAGCGGUCGAAAGAAAGUUCGAUGAGCCAGCGUCGAAAGAGACCAGCCCAUCAGAGGUUCCUGUUGAGGGCAGCCCAAAGAGAGUGAACUCUGAUGGAGGGAGGUUCCAAAAACUAGAACCUGCAAGGAGUGCUGCCCCUCCUCCACUCGCCAGUUAUGAGUACCCCAGCUUGCCCAUAACCAAAAACAGACAGGAGCUGGUUUCCCUCAUAGAAAACAACUCUGUAGUGAUAAUUCGGGGAGCCACAGGCAGCGGCAAGACCACUCAGCUGCCACAGUACAUUCUGGACCACUACAAUGAGAAAAAUGCCUCGUGCAACAUUGUUGUCACCCAGCCACGCAAAAUUGGAGCCACCAGUAUUGCUCGAUGGGUUGCUACACAGCGGAGGUGUACUCUGGGUAGUCUGGUGGGAUAUCAGGUUGGUCUGGAGAAGAUGGUGACUGAGCACACCCGACUAAUCUACAUGACUACAGGAGUGCUGCUGCAAAAACUGGUCACAGCCAAGUGCCUCACAGAGUACUCCCACAUCUUUGUAGAUGAGGUUCAUGAGCGCACUGAGGAGAUGGACUUUCUCUUACUGGUUUUGCGAAAACUCCUUCAUUCCAACUCUCGUUAUGUUAAGAUCAUCCUCAUGUCGGCCACCAUCAACUGCAGACAGUUUGCUGAGUACUUUGGCACCCCAAUUCAGGGCAAGAUGAACCCGGCCUACGUGUUUGAAGUAGAAGGGGCACCCUAUGCCAUUGAGGAGUUUUAUCUGGAUGACCUCCACAGCCUGUUUCCAUACAGGGUUGAGUCACCUCAUCUAGACGACCCUCAUAUCUCAGUAGAGAUGUACAAUCUUGCCAUCAGUCUCAUCCAGAGCUUUGACGAGAUGGAAGGCAAAGACUCCAGCAAAGCUGAGAAAGAAAGUGGCAUGACUUCAUCAGAGAGAGGCAGCGUGCUGGUUUUCCUUCCUGGUUUACAUGAGAUAAGCUGCAUGCAGGAGUCUUUGGCAAAGCUGGUCCACAGAAGACUGCAGGUUUAUCCUCUCCACUCCACUGUGACUCUGGAGGAGCAGAAUGGUGUGUUUCUGUUCCCUGUCCCUGGAUACAGGAAGGUCAUCCUCUCCACCAACAUUGCAGAGAGUUCAGUGACUGUUCCAGAUGUCAAAUAUGUGAUUGACUUCUGCCUGGCCCGUCACCUGGUCUGUGACCAAGAUACCAAUUAUCAGUCUCUGCGUCUCACCUGGGCAUCAAAAACCAACUGCAACCAGCGCAGGGGCAGGGCAGGGCGAGUGUCUAAGGGCUACUGUUACCGUCUUGUCACCAAAGAGUUCUGGAGGAAUGAAAUUCCAGACUACAUGAUCCCUGAGAUGCUGCUCGCCCCCUUGUCCACCAUCAUGCUGAAAGUGAAGCUGUUGGACAUGGGUGAUCCGCGCUCCCUUCUCUCUACAGCUCUCUCACCCCCCAACCUUGGUAACAUAGUGAGAACCAUUCUCCAACUGAAAGAGAUGGGUGCUCUGUCUGUGAAAAGUGAUGGCAGGGGACAAAAUGAGGACGGUGACCUAACGUUCCUGGGUCGAGUGCUGGCGCACUUACCUGUGGACCUGUACCUAGGGAAGAUGAUUGUCCUGGGCCAUGUCUUCGGCUGCCUGGAUGAGUGCCUCAUCAUAGCUGCCUCACACUCUCUGAAGAGUUUCUUUGCCAUACCAUCCAUGCAGCAGCUUGCAGGCCACAGGAGCAAGCUGGCCUUUGCCCGUGGCACAGCAAGUGAUUCCAUCGCUUUUGUCAAUGCCUUCAAGGCAUGGCACUCAUCCAAAAAGAAAGGACAGCUGAGACACCCAAAGGAUGAGCUGGACUGGGGAAAAGAGAACUUCAUUCAGAUCAAGAGGAUCAGAGAGGUUGCAGAGCUGUAUGAGGACCUGAAGAAGCGUGUGUCCCAGUUCAACAUGCAGGUGCCAGACAACAUUCAGCCAUUUGACUACACCAGUGCACACAAGCAGAAGUUCAUUCUUCAGGUGGUCAUUGCUGGUGCCUACUACCCCAACUACUUUGUACAGGGGGAAAUAGAUGAAGACCUGGCCUCCAGAGAAUUAAGUGGCUUCAACCCCAGAACAACAGUGAUGUUGAGGAACCUCCCUCCAUAUAGUUUCCUGUACUACAAGCAGCUGCAGUCUCUGUUCCGCCUGUGUGGACAGGUCAAGGCCAUUUCCUUUGAGAGCUCCAGAGCGUACGUGGAGUUCUACAGGACAUCUCAAGACUCUGGGGUGCUGCCUGAGGUCUCCCUUGCCCUCCUCCUGGCCCAGCACAGUCCUUUCAUGGAGCUGUCUGUUUACCCCAUUGAACAAAUAGAAAUCUGUGCUGGGAACAGAAACAUCUCUCACAUGAAAUAUUCACGUGUGAAUGUAGAUUUCCAGAGCCAGUCUGUCUGCCCAGUGGGAGUGGUGAGCAGCACUAUUGACCCAGACAAGCUGCCCCCAAACCACUUGUUUGUGGUCAACAUCACAGAGGUGGUGGACGUGGGACAUUUCUGGGGGUUCCAGGCAGAUGAAGCCAGCUUGGCGAAGCAGCGCCAUCUGACAGCUGAGAUUAACACACGUACGCUGCAUCCUGUAACUGUGUCGCUCUACCCUAACCUGCUGUGCCUGGCUCCUUACUCUGAGAUAAAUGAGCAGAACCUGUACUACCGUGCCAAGAUCUUGCACAUGCGUGGCAAUUCAGUGGAGGUUUUCUUCUUGGACUUCGGCAACACAGCAGUUGUUGCCUGCAGCAGCCUCAGAGAGCUCCCCUCUGACCUCCUGUCUCACCCUUUCCAGGCUCAGGAGUUCCAAGUUAGUGGAAUGCGUCCUUCAGCCCAGUCCAUCAUCUUGGGGAACCAGUGGAGCAGCCGAGCCCGCGACCGCUUCAUCACACUGGUGAAAGGCACUUCGGUCUUCGUGUCGCUGUACUCCAUCCUCCACAAUGUCAUGCGCGUGCAGCUGUUCAUCAACACAGAGACGAGAAACACCAGCAUGGUAGACAUCAUGGUAGAGGAAGGACAUGCUGUGAAAGCCGAGGAGAGCUUUGAUUCCAAGCAAAACCAUGAGGCACUGAUGUCCCUGUACAAGGACAUGGAAACAGGUGCAUAUGUUCCCAACGCUGCCAGCAGCUCCUGGAAGGAUCGCAAGAAAGAGGAGAAGGACCUCAUUGAUAAACUGCUCGCUCACUUUUCCAAGAGCAACCAGUCCUUUUCCAAAACAAAGGUCCAUCUGCAUGGACCAACCAGUUCUCACAAGAUAAACUUCCACAGCUUGAGCCACAAGACCCACUUUAAGACAGUGUGUAUAGAGAGGUCCAGCAUCAAUUCCCUGGCCCUGAAUGAAAACCCUCACUACAAACAUCAGAGGAUGCUGGUGGCCGGGACUGUGUCAGUCAACUCCACAGGUACACGCAUUCUCCUGAAUGACACGUCCAUCAUGCCAGACAUCCCUGGACUGCCUGCCCUCGUUACCAUGCUCUUCACCCCCGUCAUGGAGUUACGCACUAAUGAAGAGAGGACCUACUACACCGGUGCCCUCUGCGGACUGGGUUGGAACAGUCAGACACAAGAGGGCCUCCUACCUGACCAUGACAUCGAGCUCACCUUUGACGUCAGGUUUGAUGUUGAGGACAUCACUGAGAUAAAUGCUUUACGAGUGGCCAUAAACCGUCUGGUGUGUGAAGGGCCCAGUGGCACUCUGCAUCUGGGACGUGACAGGAUCAGCCGCCUGCAGGAAGACUGUCGGGACCGCCUCAUAAGACUGUUCACCAAGUCACCUCCAAGGGAAGCUGUCACUCCAGUUUACUUUGAAAAACUGGAGAAAUGGAACCAGGUGGAUCCCUCUCUGAGGAUGGAUAUCGUGGAGCCUGGAAGAGGAAAGACAAAGGCUGUUCUCUUCCAGCUACAUCCAGUCACUCUCCUCAACACCUAAAAAGGCACUGUAAACCUUUUAUUUGUGUUCAGUCCAGAGGACCAUAUGUUUUACUUUUUUGUUUUUAUGUUCAAAUGGAAGUGGAACAGCAAAAUCAGCAAAAUCCUCAAUUCUUUCCUUCUUGUUGUUUUGACUAGAUUCUCUGUUUGCUGCUAAUAAGAAAUAUACAGUUCAUUGAUGAGACUCCUGCAUAGCUUGUCAUAACAUUGUUUCAGCAGUGAGCCAUUAAAAAUAGCUGUUUGCAACAGAUGAGGCUUGUCAAUCAGUCUUCAUUCAAACAUAGUCUCAUUGUGACCCAAGAGUCAAGUUAAAUUUGUCACUACAGCAGGCACACACACCACACACACUCACACUUUAAACUUCUACAACUGGAGGUGUGCCUGCGCCAGAAUUCAUUGGCUUGUAUUUAUAGCUCAUUCCAACUCUCCCAUCCAGAGUGUUAUCACCUCAAACUUAGGCACGGUGUCAUACACAGACUCUUCCAACUCUCCAACCUGAAGUUGUCUUAUGAAUGUGAACUCGACAGUAAGGUGGCUGAGGAGAUGUUAUACAUCAAGGUACAUUUAUUUUUCUUAUUCUUGUAAUUAAAUACAUACUGUAAGUGCAAAUAGUUAAAGAGUCCAGGGUCUAAAGAACUACAGAGUAUAGUUGAACAUUGUACAAAGUUGGACAGUUAUUCAAACAAGCUAAAUAUCACCAGAUACUCCUUGUCUUCAUAGUAGUUGUACAACAGUACCUAAAGCAUGAGCGUGUGUAUUGUUCCUUAUGGUUAUACAAAAGCAAAAACCCUACAAUUACCACAUCUAAGACGCAUACUGUUAAAUUAAUUUGUGCUUGGAAACACCAAAAGGAAAUCAUUUUUGAUAUUUAUAUAUAUUGACAUAUACUGAGAGAAGCCCCAACUGCUAACUCAGAAACAUGAAGCAGUAUUUAACAUUGGCAGCAGAACAUGUCUGUGGGCAUUUAGCUUUUUUGUGCCAAACCGUACAGUUUGUGGUAAGCACUGCAAAGCAAAAAUGUAGCGUGAUUUUAAAAACUGCACAAAAGAUAUCAAAUAUUAUUUACCCAAGGCUCGACUUCAUGCACUUUAUAA